AGGCCAUACAAACAGCCCUACAAAAUCAAACCAAUCUAACACUACCAUCUAAAGCUCAAUCUCAAUCCGCUAUGCAGCUCAGACCUGUACAAUGAGACUCCUCCUCCGUACAACACUAAAAUUUGACCCCAAUGCAUUCCCCAAAUCUCUCAUCCGCACCCCAAGCCAUCGACUAUACUCCACCCCCCGCAUCUCCAAACCACUGCGCAUCCUAUUCUGCGGCUCCGAUGAAUUCAGUUGCGCCUCCUUGAGUGCGCUGUAUGAAGAACAUUUGAAGAACCCGGAGUUGAUUGCUAGUAUUGAUGUUCUGCACCAGACGCCGAAGAGAGCGGGGAGGGGAUUGAGCAGUUUGAGGCCUGGUUGGUAUUCACAUUUCACACUCAGGUCUUUUCUUUUCAAAGAGAUUUGGAGGCUGAUAUUCGAGAGUGACAGUGCCGAUCAUAUCUGCAGCGAGAAAUUUGGGGAUCCCUACGCAUACUCCUGAUGAGUGUUGGCGGAGUGACAAGGUUCGUUUGUUUUUCAUCUUUUAUGUAAUGAAAUGAGAAUACCUUUUUCCAAUCUCAUCUCCUCUCAUCUUACUCUAUUUUGAAAGAUGGAAAUGGUUGCUAAUAUGAGAUUGAUAUAGAUAACACUACCAACACCCAACAACCAACCCAUAAACCUCAUCAUCGCCGUCUCAUUCGGUCUUUUCAUUCCCGGUCGAAUAUUAGAGGCAGUAGAAUACGGCGGUCUAAACAUCCACCCAUCUCUCCUCCCAAAGUUCGUCUCAAUCCUUUCUUCCCCCCUACAAACCCAUUUCAGUUCAUAAACUCUCGCCUUACCGAGCUCUAAACUGAUCAGGACCCAGCUACCGCGGUGCCGCCCCGCUUCAACACGCAAUAAUCAACAACGAACCCUAUACAGGAAUAACCCUCCAAACCCUCUCACCCGCCACCUUCGACGCCGGAUUAAUCCUCUCACAAACGCUAGCUCAAGAAAUCCCCGUUCGCGCCCACAAAACACCAUACCACCAGCUCCUCUCAGACGUAACUCCUAAAGCCGCCUCGUUACUCCUCCAAGGACUCCGGGAUGGGUUGUACAUUCCGCCCUUAAUCGAUGUCUCACCCUUCUAUGCUGCAGAGCAAAAGGGGAAAAACAACUCGGUCGAGCAAUGGAAGAAAGCACCUAAGAUUACGGGUAAAGACUCGAAGAUCAACUGGGGAUGGAGUAUCGGGGCGUUGAUUCGACGACAGAACGCCUUAGGUCGGUUACGGAGUGUAAUUUGGAAACCUAUAAUUCCCAUUCCUGAACCUCCACCAGAUCACAUCCCCAGCAAAAAGGUCAAAAAGGUGAAAGCGAUCAAGAAGAGGAGUGCAGAUAUUCUCUUCCCAACACCCACGUAUGAGAUCUUGAGCGCGGAGAAGGUAAACAAGAUCAUCCAAAGAAACAAACACAAGAAGGAGGUAAAGGAGUGUAAGAUGUUCGCGGUGGAAUUCUCAUCCACCACCCAUCCAUCCCCCACGACCGAUGUCGAAACCCCCUCAUCCCCCACCGAAGCACCCGAACCCGCACCCGAACCCGCACCCGAACCACCUAAACGCAAGAUCUACUGGCUCAACAACCACACGGCCGCAAUCGUGCUCUUCAACGGGUCCUACAUCCAAAUCCCACGUCUGAUCCUCUCGGGGCAGGAGAUCAAAAACGCAGCGCAGGUCCUUCUUCCUUUUUCACUAAGAGUUGGGAAUCUAUGGGCCGAGAAGUGCACGGUGGAAGAUACUGAGGGGUUUCUGGAGAAACUGAGGCUGGAGAGUCUGCAGGGGUUGGAGGGUGAGGAGGAGGUGGUGGAGAGGGAGGAUGUGGAGGUAGAGGAUGAGGAUGAG